UGGGAAAUUUAUAGUAACUAAAGAAAAAGAAGAAAUACAUCAGAAAAGGAGAAUUGUGGACAUAGAUGAUGAAGCAAAUUAUUUAAAAUAAAAAUAAUGGACAAUCCAGGAACAAGUGCAACGAAUUCAGAUAACGUUUGUAAAUUAUGCAACGUUCGACCUCGUUUAUAUACUUGUCCAAGAUGUGAUAUAGGAUAUUGCAGUACCAAUUGUUAUAAGUCAGAAGCUCAUUUAGAAUGUUCAGAAAGUUUUUAUAAACAGUGUGUAGAAGACGAAUUAAAAUCUCAAGAAAAAGAUCCAGAAACUAGAAACAAAAUGAUAGAUAUUCUUAGAAGGGUGCAUGAACAAGAUUUAAAAAGUACUGAUUUCUUAGGAAGCGAUGAAGAUGAAGAAGAAGAAGACGAGUUAAAUGAGCAGCUCGAUUCAGAUGAUGAAGAUGUACUAGAUUUAGAGAUUCGACUACGUGAAGUAAAUUUAGAUAAUGCAGAUGAGGUAUGGUCUGCAUUAACUGAUGCUGAAAGACAGGAAUUUGAAGCAUUAAUAAAAAAUGGUGAAAUAGAGAAAUUAUUACCUCAGUGGGUUCCAUGGUGGACAUACCACAUCAAAAAGAAACUUGUGGAAGACAUAGAUGAACAAGACAAUGAACAAACAAAGCAACUUCCUCCUUUAGUUGAUGUUCCAAUAUUUAAUGAAUUACAGAAAGCUUCUCCAACAAUUAAUUUUAACAUAACGAAUGUAAUAUAUGCAUAUGCAUACAUAACUAAUUACUAUAAUGGGGAUUAUUUAAGUUGUCCAAUAGAAACUACAAUUGUCUUUCUUGAUCUUUGUGACAACAUAAAAAUGAAUAAAAUUUAUGAAACUUUGGAGUCAGCAAUAGCUUCUGUUGUUCAAAAUAUUAUCAAUUGUACUUGGUUACCACAUGAUGAUCAAAUUUUAUCAGCUUUUCAAGAAGCUGGAAAUUUGAUAAUGCAAGGACCGGACAGUAGAAACAAAUAUCUUUAUAUUGCUGUAGCCCUUUCUGAAUUACAUAGAUUAUUAAUGGCAACUAAAGAAGCAAUAUCCAAAAACACAAAUAAAGCUGAGAAUAAAGAAUUUUCAAAAAAAUUUGCACAGAGAUAUAAUAUAGAUAAUGUAAAUUUGUCAAAGAAAGCUCUACUUUUACACUGUAAAAAAUUAGAAUAUUAUUUAUCAUGGACUAAAAAUUGCCAUAUAAACAUGUGUACAUAAAUAGUUUGUAAUUGUGAUAAAUAAAAAUUUUUAUUUAAAUUUAAA